CUAUAAAAAUUGCUUUUUGAGGGGCUGUCAGCUCAGUCAGCGGCUCAUUCAUCACUUUCCGACGCGCUCCAGUAGAACUAGUAGCCUAGACUUUUAUCAAAACCUACAGUAUUACACGCCUCUCCCCGCAAACUCCCUCACCCGAGCACACGAAAACUCUUUGGCAUUCCGCGCAAACGAAAAGAACAGAAGACGAUAAGCAACAAGUGCUCCGGUGAUUCCCUUGAAACACCCAACACACAGAACCCGAAACUCCAUUGAACGCUACACAUUCGAAGCUGGUAUUGUUUACCCCGCAAUCAGUGCCCAAGAACGUGGCACAUUUCCAACUGCGAGUAAACAAUCGAGGUACGACAAUUAAAACAGGGAAAAAGCUUGUUCUCCCCGCACACGCGAAUAAAUCUUGGGAAGCACUCAAUACCAGCCGGUGACGGGCACGGAGGAGCAGCUGCAGUAGCCCUCAAGACAAGAUGAUUCCCGGCUAUGGUCCCGUGACGCAGGCCCUGCUGGGCACCCUGCUCACCUGGGGCCUCACGGCCGCCGGCGCCGCCCUGGUGAUCUUCGUCCGCGGCAACCAGCGAAGGUCCCUGGACGCCGCCCUGGGAUUCGCCGCUGGCGUGAUGAUAGCAGCCUCCUUCUGGUCACUCCUCAAGCCGGCCAUUGAAAUGGCCGAGACUUCCCACUUGUACGGAGUCUAUGCCUUUUUGCCCGUGUCCGGUGGCUUCCUCCUGGGCUCCAUCUUUGUCUAUGGCUGCGACAAGCUGAUGUCCUACUUGGGCUUGAACAGCACCAAUAUGAUGAUCCAGAUGACGCAGUCCAAGGACAAGGCGGACAUAGCUAUCGAGGACUCGAAGCGCAAUGGAGGCGGUGCCUCGGAUCGGUUGGCUUCUAAGAGCCUGGACAGCUUCUCGGACUGCCUGAGUGUGCAGCAUAGCGGCGAGUCGAGGCGCCGCAAGAAGGGCGCCAGCAUCAACGAGAUGGAGCAGUGCACCUACACGACGCCCGAGGAGCAGCAGCGCGCGGAGGAGGCCCUGUCCCAGUGGAAGAGGAUCAUGCUCCUGGUCGUGGCCAUCACGGUGCACAAUAUACCCGAAGGGCUGGCCGUGGGCGUGAGCUUCGGGGCCAUUGGCUCGACCAACUCAUCGACAUUCGAGAGUGCCCGCAACCUGGCCAUCGGCAUCGGCAUUCAGAACUUCCCCGAGGGAUUGGCCGUCAGCCUGCCCCUGCAUGCCGCAGGAUUCAGCGUGAAGCGGGCUCUGUGGUACGGACAACUGUCCGGCAUGGUGGAGCCCAUCUUCGGCGUGCUGGGCGCCGUGGCCGUGACCUUCGCUAACCUGAUCCUGCCCUACGCCCUCUCCUUUGCGGCCGGCGCCAUGAUCUACAUUGUGUCGGACGACAUUCUGCCCGAGGCACAUGCCAGCGGCAAUGGUACGAUCGCCACUUGGGGCACCGUGUCUGGAUUCCUGAUAAUGAUGUGUCUGGAGGUGGCGCUGUCGUGAGCAACCGCUACGACCACGGCCACCUGCCUUCGCCCGCCUCGCAGAACUCGUAAGCUAGUGUAAAACUGAAAGAUUCCAUUGUACUUAACGCGAACUUCUGCUGGCUUGUAAAUAGAUGCGGGCCUUGUACAAAUCUCAGAACCAGCCCCAACCAACGAGAAUCUAAUAAUCUAACGUAGAGUGUAAGUUUUGUAAAAAGAAGCUUGACAACUGGCGAUGCCGCGGUGGCAUCCGUGCAAUUGUGUAUCUGUGCAAUGUGCUGUACAUUCCCAGCGAGUUAUGUAAAUGAACCGAAGCGUUCUCGGAAAGAUUGUAAACAAACGUGCAUGUGAACUAGGUUUUAAGUUGUCACCGGCGUCCAGUGGCUUGUGUCUUUUUAAACUGUCUAAUGUUUAAGCAAUAAAACGAAGCGCAUUCAAAUCAG